AGGUGGCAGAAGUACAUUUACUGACUGCGUGAAACCGAAGAGACGCAACAUCUAACUUCACUUGUGCUGUUUCCACGUGUGAGCCGUUCAGUCACAUUGGCAGAUCAACAGCGACACAAUGAAAAGACCAAAGUUAAGGAAAGCAAGUAAAAGGGUAUCCUGCUCCAAACGUUAUAAAAUACAGAAGAAGGUUCGGGAGCAUAACAAAAAGUUAAGAAAAGAGGCUAAAAAGAAAGGAUUGAAGAAGCGUGUAAAGAAGGAUCCCGGAGUGCCCAACAGCGCCCCCUUCAAGGAGGAGGUCCUCAGAGAGGCAGAGCAAAGGAGGCUGCAGAUUGAAGAAGAGAAAGAAAGAAAACGACAAGCCAAAAAGGAAGAGCGAGCCCUGAAAAGGAAAAACGAGAAGGAAGCCGCUGUUAAAGAAGCAGAACCAAGUGCCAAGAAGGCCCGAAAGGAUACCACAGAACAUAAUACAGUGAAACGUUCAGCUCCAAACAAGAAUUCAAAGCAGCACCUCUGCAGUGAACUAAACAAGGUAAUAGAUGCGUCUGACGUUGUAAUAGAAGUCCUUGAUGCUCGGGAUCCCCUGGGAUGCAGGUGCCCACAAUUGGAGGAGGCUGUGCUACUGGGGGGCAAAAGGAAAUUACUUUUUGUGUUGACCAAAAUAGAUCUUGUACCAAAGGAAAAUGCAGAGAAGUGGAUCGAGUGUUUACAAAGAGAGUUUCCAGUUGUGGCAUUCAAAGCUUCAACACAAAUGCGUGACAAAACUGUGAAAACCAAAAGGAAAAGAGUUGUGCCCUCCAAUGAAGUCCUGAACAGGUCCAAAGGAGCAGCGUGUUUUGGUAGCGAGUGUCUCACCGAGCUACUGACGGCUUACGCCGCUAAGACUCAAAGCGAAGCCUCACUCAAAGUGGGCGUAGUUGGCUUUCCUAAUGUAGGGAAGAGCAGCCUGAUCAACAACUUGAAAGGAAUGAUGGCAUGCCAUGUUGGUAUUGCAAAAGGCACCACAAAAACUGUGCAGGAGGUACACAUGUCGAAGACUGUGAACCUAAUGGACAGCCCGGGCAUCGUCGCUUCGCCGUCCAACCCAGCAGCCUCCAUGGCCCUGAGGAGCCUGCAGGUGGAGGAGGGUCAGGAGACGGUGCUGGAUGCCGUAAAUACAUUGCUCAAGCAGUGUGAUAAGUCCCAGGUCAUGCUUCAGUAUACUGUCCCAGACUUCAGGAAUUCCCUGGAGUUCUUGACCUUGUUGGCCAAAAAGCGAGGCUUCCUGCAGAAAGGCGGCGUUCCAAACACAGUGCAAGCAGCAAAUACUUUCCUUACUGAUUGGACAGGAGCCAAAUUACGCUACCACUGUAAAGUGCCAGGGAACUACAGCCUCCCAAACUACGUGACUGAGGAAGUGAUCACUGAGAUGCAGAACGGCUGGGAUCUAGACAAAGUGAAGGCAGGCAACAUGGAAACUCUGAAAGGUUUUAAAUGUACAAACCUGGCUAGCAGCAUUGGCUUCGUCUCCAGAGGGCCGACUGCAGGUCUGCUGACCGUGGCCGCCAUCCCUGAAGAGCAACCACCUGCAGAGAGGGAGGCGCAGCACAACAGUGAGAAUGAUGAGCCUGGAGAAACAGAGGAGUUGCAUGAAACAGAGGAACUUGAGAAACUGCAGAAAACAGUCAAAGAUAAACCCAGUAAGGUUCAUUUCCAGCCUGUCCCUGUUGACAUCAGCCUCUCUACUGUUUAUACAGAUGAUGCUUAUGACUUCAACACUGAUUUUAAAUGAACUCCCCCCAUAACUCGUGGACUCUUUUCACCAUCCAGAGCUGGAACUACUCAUGACGGAGAACAGCUUUGUGUUUUCGUUUCCCCCUCCACCCCAUUGUUAACUAAACCAUGAUACCCAUAAACGAGCAAGGCCACUGCCAUAAAGUAGUGUGGAAACACAAAUUGCUGAUUGGUCAGAUUAUACCACACAUGUAUGGAAACAAGUUGUGUGCACAGAAAUGAUUACCUGCAUGUUUACUCCAAUUUUAUCUUUUCAUCAGACCAGAGCUGUCUUAACUUCCAGAAAUUGUCCACCUGAUUCUACAUUGAAGUGUUGGCUGAACAAAAACCCAGAGAAUGGUUUUCAGUGAUUACUGCUUUAAACUUUGCUGCAUUGUUUGCCAGCUGAUCCCAUCAGGACUUGCAUUGAGCUGUAGAAAGCAAGACAGGGAGUUACAGUGAUGAGAACUGUAUCGUGUUAUGGAAAUAUGGUCUUUAAAAAGGCUGAGUCACUUCCAGGAUUGUGGUUUCAUUUGCUUAUCCUGCUGUUUGACGUCACUAUUAUUAGGCCAGGUGCUGCGAAACUCCUGCUUGUACUUAAACCUAAAAAACGGUGAAACAUACCUCGACUCAUGGACGAAACUUUACCCUCAGCUAGAUGUUUUUUCCCCUUAAAUUUACCUAUCCAGCCUUACCCAUCAAGAUAAUUUGACGCUUAUGUGACUGACUUUAUUAUUAAGCAGUUGUGUAUACUUGAUUAUGCUGUUGUGACUGGAGGUCAUUUGUAGGAUCUUAAUCUAUAACCAUGUAUAUAGAUGUGCACCUAUAAACCUAUUAAAUCAAAA